CUAUAUUCAUUUGUAAUCUGAGUUUGAGCCACUAUCCGUAGCUCAUGGUCUAUUACAGACAAGGCAGGACUGUGCUUGGCUGGUUAGUUUUUGACUCUGCUUCUGUUGUUAACUAAAUCUUAGACAGUUUAUUGCUCCUGUGAUCUAGGAUGGAAUUCAAAGAACUAGGUGGUGAUGACAUCUCCGAGGGAGAGACAGAGGAUUUGGAUAGCUUGAAGGCAAUCACCGAAAAACUCAAAUUGCAAACACGCAGACCGUCAUAUGUUGAAUGGAAGGAACGAUUGCAAAGUCGGCCUUGGGAAGACAACGCGAAUGUUUCAAAUAGUGAGGAUACGGAUGAACAUACAAACGUGAUUGAAGUUUCGAUAGAUGAGAAUUCAGAUCCAACUGUUCGGAAUAUUUGUGGUUUUGAAACUAUCGACGAUGCCCUGUCUUGGCUUCGGAGUGAGCUGAGGGAAAUGCAGCUGCAGGACAACCGCCUGGCUCGGCAGCUCAUCCGUCUGCGAACGGAGAUCCACCGCAUCAAAGUGGAGCAGGUGUGUCACCGGCACAAGGAGAUGCUGGACGACGCCACCUACGAGCUGGAGGAGUGCGGUGAGGAGUCUGACCUGCUCUGUGACAUCCCCAUGAAGGCUGCCUUUGCCCUGUCCGGGCCACUCAAACACCUGGGCCUCACCAAGAUGAACAUCAACUCUCGCCGCUUCUCUCUGUGUUAGAGAUGAAGAAGAAAAAAACAUUUUUGUAAUGUGUAAUGCCUACGUGUUUUGCUUGGAAGGAUGUGGUAAGUAAGCAUAGACCACAUAAAGAAUCCAUGGACAGAUGACAAAUUGAACAGGAAUUGAUGAGCCAUAGAUAUCAUUGAUUUGAUCCAAGCCCUGUUAUGGGAUACUGUUGGCGGAGGAGGUUUUGGCUCAGAUUCUAUCCUUCCGCAGGGCUGGAGUGUCCGAUUGCUCGGACGCUGAGGGCACACUUGCUCCACAGCAAUGCAAGUUUGGAGAAACAUAUCAGAUCUCACACAACCCCUAUACUGCUUCACCUAAACACAUAUCAGGUGUAGGCACCUCUCAUGUACUGAAAUAUACACUCAGGGUGUUGUGAUGCACAAUGACAUCACUAGCUGAGCAAAAAAAAAGUAACUGCCACACGUCAAAAAGGUCCACCAGCCACGUGCACUGGCACUAACCGGUGUCAUGUGCUUUGAAGAGUGCAUGGGACCUUUAUACACUGUGCACAAGUUACCAGAGCUCAUGUCUCAGUCCGUGGUCUCUGUUUGGUGAGAGACCUGCUCCCGUAUCGGUAACGUCUCAUACAGAGGUGUGGAAAAGCACUCUGAGCAGGCAGCCGCACAGCAGGGAAAGGGAAACGAAAAAUAUAUAUAUAUAUAUUAUAAAAACACGCUCCUUUAUCCAGACCUGGCAGAGCUCCCGAAACACCAGUCACACAGGAAGCAGGAGGUCGUGGUCCAACAUUCUGUCACUUGUUCCCCAGACACCGAAAAUAGCUGGGAUCGGUAGAGAGGUCAUGGCUGAAGUGAAGGGGAUUGAUGGCAGGCUGUAUGCUCAACCCAUUUGAUCUCGAGAUUUGGCUCAUUCUGAAGCUGCCCACUGAAUAUGCAAUAAUCAAAGAUGCUGUAAAAUAUUACAGAGCUUUAUUUUUUGGUGUAGAAGGCAUGCCACACACUUGUUGCAGAAAUGUUGAUUUGCCUUUAGCUAAUUAGGUCUGGUGUCAAAAAUGGCAUACACUGAAUCAGAUUUAGGUUCAGAUGUUCUCACAGAAUGUUUAGUAUGCUCCUUAUGUAAACUCAUAAAGAUGUAUAGAUUGUAUGUAUAGUUUCCUGAUGGUAUAUGUUGUAAUAUUGUGAAUGAUGUGAAUAUCAAUUUGUGUAAUAUGUCAACAUGGCUAAUUGUAAAAAUAGAAGAGAAUAGAAAAUUUAAACAAACCAAAUUGUUUGUAAAAAUGCCUUACAAUAUUCUACCAGAAUAGAUUGUACAUCGUCACAUAUGCCUUAGAUGUUGGUGAGAAAGCUUGAUGAUGGAACGGAAUGUAUUUUUGUCAAUGUAAGUUCUCUGAAAGCGGAAGAAGUUGCUUUUCUUGAACCAAAGUCUUUAUACCAAGCAAUAAACAAACUAUAUGAGACGAAAAAA